CACAUACCGGGCAGCCUCAACCAUUGCCCAUGAACUGUUGAAGCAUUUGGCUGACGCCUGGGAUCUGGGUUGCAAGGCGUGUCAGAAUGAUGAUCAGCAUGACCGCUCGAUCUGGAAUAUUUGCCCCUUCCUCGCGCGCCUCUCUGACAUGCUCGACGAUACAUUCGACAAAGUCCACGAAUGGCGUAACGGUGCUGUUCCCCAUCAGGCCCGAGAUGAUAUUCGGGAUUGACGGGAGUGUGUUGUUGGUCUGGCCGCCUUGGCCACCUUGGCCACCUUGGCCGCCUAGGCCGGGGAACCCACCUCCGAAAGACAUUUUAAAAAAGACUGUGGGUGCUGUUAUGCAGAAUGUAGGCAAGGUCCAGAAUUUGGUAUCAAAGACAUGCAGGGUCUGUGCGUGGAUGUAGGUUUAUGCGACAUAGCUGCCUUAUUUGUUAUUACUGUGGACUCCGAUGAGAGGGGCAACAGCUGGCAGUAGAC